UAAAUUAUUAUAAUAAAAAAAAAUAAAAUGAUAAUCAAUGAAAAAUGUGAAUUAAUUAUCUAUGAUAAAACGUGGAAAUAACACAAUUCCAACAUGGAGGCCAAUCUACGUCUGAACUCUGCGUAAGUAUUAUCUCAAAAUUUGAACUUGAUUUUGCAAUGUACAUUUAUUCUAUUUUACACCUCGAUUAUUAUUCUCUUACGAUGGAUGCUUUGAACAAUUCCACAUAUAUGACUGAAUUUGUCAAGCUGGAUUUCCUUAAAUUUAGUAGCGAUGACAGUGCCUACAUAGGGAAAUUGCAGAAUUUCUUCAACACCAGCAAGAUCUUCAACGGAGAAAAGGCCGCUUUAUUUCUCCGAAGUCUUCCUGAUGACGAAUUCAAUAAUAUUGGGGCAAUUUGCACUGAGGCAGACUUCCAGGACCCAAUCGCUCUGCUUGGCAAAUUCAAGUUACAACAUCCAUCGAAGACUGAGAAUGCUAAACUAUCAUUAUUUUAUGCUGCAACUCAAGGUAAGGAUGAGACGUUCUCGGCUUGGGUCACGCGCGUAUAACGAAUCAAUAAAGAAUGUAAAUUCAAUGGCAUUCAGAGAAUUAUUAAGAAAGUUAGAGUAUCUUCGAAUUCCAAAGAUGUCAGGAAAGCGGUCAAGGCUCUAUGACUAUAGAAGACCAAGGAUCCAAACCGAAACGAAUAUCGGUUCAGCCCCCUUUUUAAGAAAUACACAAUGACAUUAUUAUCUGUUAUUGCCACAUCAAUGAAUAUGAUACUAUGUCAACCUGGCCUAUCUAAUAUCGUAUCGUCACCUAAAAAGUGUCAGAUCUGACAUGACAAAGUCGGACGUCGUUUAUGUAAUGAUGGUAUAGUCAUCUUCUAUAGUUAUAACAGAAUUUUCUCAAAGUUUCUUUCGCAAAAUGAUAAAAAGUGCAAAUCCAAAGAUAAACAAUAAUGAGGAAGAAAAAGCUCACAUGGAUAAAGAAACUGUAGACAAAUGGUAUCUUUCAUUUUCAAAUGUUGAAGAAAUCAGUUAUGAUGAUUCAUUAAAAUUAAAUAAUUAUUCUCACGCUACACAUUGCAUGAUUUAUGCACCUUACAAUGUUUUAACUUUCAGUAAUUACUGGACAAGAGCAGCAAUUUUUAUGCAGAUUAGAUUUGAUGGGUUUUUGGGAUUUCCAGGUGGUUUGGUUGAUAAAAGUGAUAAAUCUUUUGAAAUGUCUCUCAUCAGAGAACUUGAAGAAGAAAUUGGAUGGGACUGUAAAAAGUGUGAAAUACAUAGACAAGAUCAUUUAAUGUCAAAUAUUAUUAAAAAUCAGGAGUUAUGCCUACAUUUCUAUGUUAUAAAGAUUCAAUACAAAGAUUUUAUGGAAUUAGAGAAAAAUUGUUUGACCGCACAUGAUUAUGGAAAAGAAGUAAUGGGCUUUUGUAGGGUUCCUUUAUACACAAUGAAUGAUGGAUAUCGAGGUUUUCCAGCUUUUUUAAAUCAGAAUUUUAUCGGGCAUUCUAAAUAUCAACUACUCAAAUCCUUAUCUUCUACUGGUAUAAUGAGCGAUUCUGAGAUUAAACAAGCCUCUUCGCCCAAUCCUUAUUCCAUAAAAAUAUCUCACACAAAUAAAUGAACUUAAUAUUCUAAGGGCUAAAUAUAAUAGAAAAUUUUUUUUGCAAUACAAUUUUAUUAAUUUAUGCGAGAUAUGUGUAAAAAGAAAAGCUUGGAUAACUCCUCAAUUUCACAAUCAUUAUUUAUGAAAAUAAGUUAUUAUAUCACGUGAUAAAAAAAUUCCAUAAAGCCAUAAAUUUCUAUGCUCAAGCAAGCAUUUUUUUUUAAAUGUAAUAUAUUUGAUUUUCCUAUUUAUUUAAAUUAUAUUUUUGAUAGUAAUAAUUUUUUUGAACUCAUUAUUAUAUAAAUAAAUUUUUAUAACUUUGGCUGAAAAUGUAUUAUAUUACCCGUUAUAUUAAAUAUCAUUAUUUUUAUUUAUUGAAAAUAAAUAGCCUAAAAAUAGUAUGUAACGCAAAACGA